CCGCUGAAUAUGGUUACUCGAGGGCAUCACGAAAGAACGAUACCUGAAGUAUCAAGCGUAACACCGGUGCGGCAUUAAAUCACGGAUGGAAUAGAUUCAGAGAUGAAAAUAAAAUCAUGCUGGGAUUUACUUUGAAAAAUUGGCUUACAAAUAAUCAACAGUGUUUAAAAACGACUAUCUUCCAUGUGACAAAGAUGACACAGAUCUCAGCAACGAUAGAAAAUCAAGGGAAUGAUUCAACAACUAAUGCCACAGUAGAAAAGAUGAAAUUUUUGGUUAAGUUAUUGAAAAUUGACACAAGAGAAGCACGGCAUUAUUUAAAGGCAAAUCAACUCUUGCGCAUGGUUCCAAACGAACAAAUCGCCGAAACCUACGCACUUUGCUUGAAAUAUGGAAUUGGCAACGAAGUGAAGGACAUUAUAGGAGUAAUAUCUCUCAAAGCAUCCACUUUGGAGCGAAGAAUAACUUACUUUCAAGAAUUGGGUUGCACAAAAUUAUCAGCAAACAUAUUAAAACCUUUUAUGACAGGCUGUGAAUACAGUCUUCAACAAUUUCAGGACUGGAAUCUGCUACCGGCUGAUGUUGACAUUGCGAAAAAUAUUUUCAGUGUUCUCAAUAAACCACCGCCAGAUGUUCCAUGCUUAGAUUCACUAAAAAAAAGUAAUUCUAUUCACACAUAUCGCUCCAUUUGCCUAGAGCAUUAUCUCAAGUGGCGGCUGAAGUACACUGAAAAGGAAUUGAGUAAAUUAACAGCAGUUAUACAAAAGUUUCGUUAUUUCUCUAUAAGAUCGAUCGAAGAAGUAAUCGACUGUCUAGAGAAUGAACUUGAAUUUUCUAAAGCUAAGAUAAAGCAAGCUAAUUUUCUACUUCGUGCAGACGCAACAAAUAUCAAGCAGUUACUGACGACGUAUAAACAAGUUGCUGGCAGUGAUAUGAAGCCUUUGUUAAUUAAAAAUCCAAAACUUUUGGACGUAAAGGCAGACCUGAUCCCUGCAAGGCUAGAGAUUCUUAAAAAACACGGUGUGACAGAAUCUGCGCUAAAAGUAUAUCCUACUAUAUUAUUGCUCUCGAAGGAAACCAUAGAAUCUAGACUGAAAGAGAUACAGAGCAUACCGGAAUUAAGAGGUUUUUUGGAUCAUCAACGCUUAUUGCUCUUAAUUCUAUAUUUACGAAAAGCAAAAGAUCGUUUACAGUUCAUGAAAGAGCAUAAUGUGAAGAGCAUCAGCCUUUUUACGCUUAGCUCUAGUUCCGUUUAUUUCAAUAGACAACUUGAAGAGGGACUUGUACGAGCUAAAGGUACAGACUUGUUACAAUUUUUGAGUAAAAACACAGGCGCCUCUCAAGCUUCUAUUCACCGGUCCCUACAGAAGAAUUCAAUGUGGCUUCAUGCACCAUUUAUUCACGUGGUGGAUACAUAUUUUUAUUUAAUAGAAAAAAAUUAUACCAACGAAGAUAUUCUGAAUAAUGUUCAUGUUCUACUCUACAAAAGUUCACGUGUUGAACAAGUGCUGGAAAAAAUUGAAUCCGACGAAUCCGAGAAAUCUAAUAAUUGGACUCCUAGUCAGAAACUUGCUUUGUGUGUUUAUUAUAUUGAAAAAAAAUUUCAUUUUUCCGGGCUCGGUGUAUUAGAGGAUACGCCCGAACAGCAUUUACUGACGUCGGAUCAAGUAACAACAAACCAGGUUUUGAAAGAAGAAUGAAAAUAGACAACUGGUUUCGUAGUUAUUAUACCAUUAAAUCUACUUUCGUAUCUGUUGUUUAUAGACAAAAAUUCGAGAUGUUGAGUCUUACGUAAUUAAUGGCAUAAUUCCCGUGAUUUUUGAUUUUUGAUCAAACUUUUUCCUCCCACCUGUUCGACCAUCAUCCAGAAAUUUGUGUGAAUAAUGCUAUAGAUUCAAGUUCCGACUGUACAAAGUGAAUUAUAAGAUCGAUUUGAUUUGGAAAUAUACUUAAUCACAAUAUCCUUAGAAGAUAUAAAGUAUUAUAUGCUCUAAGAUAAUAUCCAACGUUGAAUAAAGGCCGAUGAUUUCAUUGGCCAGUACCGUUAAAUACGGCCAAUGAAAUCACUUACACGUCGAGACAGGCUUCUUGUGGAUCAUGAACGGGCUCCAAUCACCUGCAAAUUUCUGUAUAUAUGACACGCCGGGUCAGCGGGGCCUUAAGAUGCUUUCAUGAAUAGCAGAUCCUGUAUAUUAUGUAAAUAUUCUAAAUAUUUUAAAUUUUAUACCAGAACCGAUUUCGUCGUGUAACAUUUUCUUUUCACUGCGGCGCACAGGUUUCUUAGAAUUUUUUGGAAAACUGUAUUAUACCUGAAAAAUGUCUCUUAUUUACAUUGCUAUUUCUUUGCUUAUCGAAAUUCUUUACCAUCCAAGAUACAUUAAACAGGUAUGUAUUAUAUGUACAUACAUAGUUAAAUCUCAUUAUCAGAGUAUGUGAAAUCUUGCGAAUCAAAUAUUUUCACCAAUAAUUAUCAGUCAAUGUUGGGUUGAAUGUCCGAGAAAAAUUAGAAUAGAUCUCUACAACACGUAGUGUUGAGUUUCAUGAUGAACGAUGGUUCUAUGACUGCUUUUCAUACAGAAAUGUAAAUUGUAGAUAUGAAAU